ACCUACGUCUCAGCGGGCGUCCUAACGAACCCGGGAUACGGUCUCUUCCUAGUCCGUUCCGGAAAUGCAACUGCGUACGGGCUGGCCUCGUAAUCGUGGCGUCAGCGCGCCCGCGCCGGCUGGCCGGACGCCCUAGGCUUCCGCGAGAUCUUCGGUGGGGGUAAGGGUGUUUUACGCCAGGACGCUGAUGCGUUUGGGUUCUCGUCUGCAGACUCUCUGGACCUGGUCACGAUUCCACAAUGUACCACAACAGUAGUCAGAAGCGGCACUGGACUUUCUCCAGCGAGGAGCAGCUGGCAAGACUGCGGGCCGACGCCAACCGCAAAUUCAGAUGCAAAGCCGUGGCCAACGGGAAGGUUCUUCCGAAUGAUCCAGUCUUUCUUGAGCCUCAUGAAGAAAUGACACUCUGCAAAUACUAUGAGAAAAGGUUAUUGGAAUUCUGUUCGGUGUUUAAGCCAGCAAUGCCAAGGUCUGUUGUGGGUACGGCUUGUAUGUAUUUCAAACGUUUUUAUCUUAAUAACUCAGUAAUGGAAUAUCACCCCAGGAUAAUAAUGCUCACUUGUGCAUUUUUGGCCUGCAAAGUAGAUGAAUUCAAUGUAUCUAGUCCUCAGUUUGUUGGAAACCUUCGGGAGAGUCCUCUUGGACAGGAGAAGGCACUUGAACAGAUACUGGAAUAUGAACUACUUCUUAUACAGCAACUUAAUUUCCACCUUAUUGUCCACAAUCCUUACAGACCAUUUGAGGGCUUCCUCAUCGACUUAAAGACCCGCUAUCCCAUAUUGGAGAAUCCAGAGAUUUUGAGGAAAACAGCUGAUGACUUUCUUAAUAGAAUUGCAUUGACGGAUGCUUACCUUUUAUACACACCUUCCCAAAUUGCCCUGACUGCCAUUUUAUCUAGUGCCUCCAGGGCUGGAAUUACUAUGGAAAGUUAUUUAUCAGAGAGUCUGAUGCUGAAAGAGAACAGAACUUGCCUGUCACAGUUACUAGAUAUAAUGAAAAGCAUGAGAAACUUAGUAAAAAAGUAUGAACCACCCAGAUCUGAAGAAGUUGCUGUUCUGAAACAGAAGUUGGAGCGAUGUCAUUCUGCUGAGCUUGCACUUAACGUAAUCACGAAGAAGAGGAAAGGCUAUGAAGAUGAUGAUUACGUCUCAAAGAAAUCCAAACAUGAGGAGGAAGAAUGGACUGAUGACGACCUGGUAGAAUCUCUCUAACCAUUUGAAGUUGAUUUCUCAAUGCUAACUAAUCAAGAGAAGUAGGAAGCAUAUCAAACGUUUAACUUUAUUUAAAAAGUAUAAUGUGAAAACAUAAAAUAUAUUAAAACUUUUCUAUUGUUUUCUUUCCCUUUCACAGUAACUUUAUGUAAAAUAACCCAUCUUCAAAAGAGCUAGAAUAGCA